AUGAGAAGAAGCUUAUUUCUUCGCAUAGUUGAAGGUGUCAUGAAUCAAGAUUCGUUCUUCCAAAGCAAUCAUGAUGCCACGGGCAGAUCAAGCCUUUCACCCCUUCAAAAGUGCACAGCAACAAUUCGAAUGUUAGCUUAUGGUGUGGCUGUAGAUGUUGUUGAUGAAUAUCUGCGAAUUGGUGAGUCCACUCCAACAUUAUGUGUUAAAAAAUUUGUAAGAGCUGUCAAUGUUGUGUUUGGUGACGAGUACCUAAGGAGGCCCAAUGUUGCUGAUGUCGAGCGUUUGCUCCAUGUGGGAGAGCAAAGAGGUUUCCAUGGUAUGUUAGGAAGUAUUGAUUGCAUGCACUGGAAAUGGAAAAAUUGUCGGGUAGCUUGGCGUGGGCAAUAUGCUAGAGGGGAUCAUAAAACCCCAACCACUAUGCUUGAAGCUGUUGCUUCACAAGAUUUGUGGAUAUGGCAUGCUUUCUUUGGUGUUCCAGGUACACUGAAUGACAUAAAUGUGUUAGAUCGGUUUCCUGUCUUCCGUGAAGUGUUAGAAGGGAAAGCACUAAAGGUUCAAUUUUCUGUUAAUGGAAGAAUCUACAAUUUGGGAUAUUACCUAACUGAUGGUAUUUAUCCCAAUUGGGCUACUUUCGUCAAGUCAAUUCCAUUACCUCAAGGACCAAAACACAAGUUGUUCACAAUGAAGCAAGAGGCAGCUAGAAAAGAUGUCGAGAGAGCAUUUGGGGUGCUCCAACCACAUUUUGCUAUAAUCAGUGGACCGUCACGCAUGUGGUGUAAAGACCUAAUCGCUGAAAUAAUGAGAGCAUGUAUAAUUAUGCACAACAUGAUUGUGGAAGAUGAGCGAGAUACAUAUGUUCGUCAGUUUGAUUACACAGAUGAAGACGUGAACUUCGAAGUCUCGAUGCCUACAGUUUCUCAAAAUCAUCUCCCAGAGUAUGAUGAGUAUCUUCGGAACCACAAAAGGAUUCGUAAUAGGUCAACAAAUAAUCAACUUCAAUCCGAUUUAAUAGAAGAGAUAUGGAAUCGAUUUGAAGACGAAGGGUACGAUGAUUAA